GUGAAACUGGACACAUCCCAGUGUUACGGUGACACCGGCCGACUCCAAAGAGCGCUAAAACUUCUCCCACGGCCGCACUCAUGUGAUUUCCCCCCAGUUGGAGCCAUGUCCAAGAGCCUGAAGAAGAGGAAGAACCACUGGACUAACAAAGUCCACGAGAGUGUCCUCAGCAGGAAUGAGGAGGGGGAGCUGGGGCUGGAGCUCAAGGGCGGCGCAGAGAAUGGACAGUUCCCGGUUAUCGGCGAGCUUCUCCCGGGCACGGCGCUCAGCCACAGCGGCAAACUCUUCCAGGAUGAACUCCUGCUGGAAGUCAAUGAUACCCCGGUGGCUGGACUCACUACCAGGGACGUCCAUGCUGUGGUCAAACACAGCAAAGACCCCGUCCGACUCAAGUGUGUCAAACAAGGGGGUGUGAUCGACAAGGACCUGCGCCACUACCUCAACCUGCGCUUCCAGAAAGGCUCUGUGGACCACGAGCUGCAGCAGAUCAUCCGGGACAACCUCUACCUCCGCACCGUCCCCUGCACAACCAGGCAGCCCAAGGAAGGAGAGGUCCCGGGGGUGGAUUAUAAUUUCGUGACCGUUGACCGGUUUAUGGAAUUGGAGAAAAGUGGAGCCCUGCUAGAGAGCGGAACAUAUGAAGAUAACUUUUACGGGACCCCGAAGCCUCCGGCCGAGCCCAGCGCUCUGCUGCUAAAUGUAACGGACCAGCUGCUGCCGGGCGCCAGACCCACCUCUGAGGGCAAGAGGAAGCGUAACAAGUCAGUCAGCAACAUGGAGAAAGCCAGCAUCGAGCCCCCCGAGGAGGAGGAGGAGGAGAGACCCGUUGUCAAUGGCAACGGUGUUGCUGUCACCCCAGAGUCGAGCGAACAUGAGGACAAGAGUACAGACGCUUCGGGGGACAUCGUCCCGCAGAACAUCCCGACCGAGGCCCCACCUGAGGCGCCCAAAGACGACGGACAGUCCCCGAAAAUGACCCUACCCAAACCAGAGGAGAAUGACGAGCUAGGGCCGCUGCCCGACAACUGGGAGAUGGCGUACACCGAGAAAGGAGAGGUCUACUUCAUAGACCACAACACCAAGACAACAUCGUGGCUGGACCCGAGGCUAGCCAAGAAGGCAAAGCCGCCUGAGGAAUGCAAAGAGGAUGAGCUUCCGUACGGCUGGGAGAAAAUCGAUGACCCCAUUUACGGCAGCUACUAUGUCGACCAUAUAAAUAGAAGGACCCAGUUUGAGAACCCAGUCCUGGAGGCUAAAAGGAGACUCCAGCAGCAGCAGCAGAUGCAAAGCCAGGGUCUGUCCUCACUGCCCCUUCCCACCAUCUACAGAGAGAAACCGCUGUUCACGCGGGACCCCACUCAGCUCAAAGGCAGUUUCUUGUCCACAUCACUCCAAAAGAGCAACAUGGGCUUUGGCUUUACUAUAAUCGGAGGCGAUGAGCCUGACGAGUUCCUCCAGGUCAAGAGCGUCAUCCCCGAUGGGCCGGCCGCAGCUGAUGGAAAGAUGGCCACAGGUGAUGUCAUUGUCUACAUCAACGAUGUGUGCGUCCUGGGCACCACCCAUGCUGAUGUGGUCAAACUCUUCCAGUCAGUGCCAAUUGGCCAAAGCGUCACCCUGGUCUUGUGUCGUGGCUACCCUUUGCCCUAUGACCCAGAAGAAGCUGCCAACAGCAACAACAACACCGCCACCACCACUACUAUCAUCUCCCCACUGGGCAUCAUGGAGCAGCGGCCCAUCAUGGUGAACGGCAGGACGGGCUACGACAACUACCUAGACUAUCUCUCACGCACGGCGCGCUUUGUCACAGACCCCAGUCAGGACCAGGUCAACAACGCCACGCAGCAGCUGCUCACCCCUCACCCGGGUGACACCCACUUAGACGGCUCUCUUCCUCCCACCACGGGGACCACACCUCCUGACAGUGUCUCCAUGGCGUCAUCGGGGGCAACCCAGGGGGAACUACUGACCCUGACCAUGGUGAAGGGCAUAGAAGGUUUUGGUUUCACCAUUGCAGACAGUGCUACAGGCCAGCGAGUCAAACAGGUGCUGGAGCCUCAGGGCUGCCCGGGUCUGUGCGAGGGGGACCUGAUUGUGGAGAUUAACAAGCAGAAUGUGCAGGGAUUUGCACACACCCAGGUGGUGGAGCUUCUCAAGGAGUGUGCCGUUGGAGCUGAGACCAUCCUGGUGGUUCAGAGAGGUGGAACAGGUCACUAUUCACCCUGGAAGACCCCUAAGCAGGUACUGGAGCAGUGGGAGUCCCAGCAGGGCCAGAGCAGCCCUGCUCAGACCAGCCUGUCCGCCCCCAUUAUCCCCCACAGCGCCCCCUUCCCAACACACCAUCUCCACAGGGCCUCGGUCCCAGACUCAGCCUCCGAGGCCUUGGCCCUGGCUAAACCCGACCCCUAUGACCUUUAUGAGAAGUCCAGGGCUAUCUAUGACAGUAGGCAACCUGGCCAACCAAGGACAGUUUUUCCUGUGGACUCCUCAGGAGCAGAGUACCAGGAUAUGGAGGUGCACCUGCGCAGACAGAAGUCCGGCUUCGGUUUCCGGGUGCUGGGCGGGGAUGAGGCGGGGCAGCCUGUGAGUCCGGAGACGCGUGAGAAGAUCUUGAUCGGGGCAAUCAUUGAGAAGAGUCCAGCAGACCUGGAUGGACGCUUACGGCCUGGUGAUGAGCUGCUGUUUGUGGACGGGAUCCCAGUGGUGGGGAAGCCACAUAGAUACGUCAUCGACUUGAUGCACGGGGCGGCACGGAAUGGCCAGGUGAAUCUGGUCAUCAGGAGGAGGGUGCCGGCAACAGGUGAUUCUUGUCCAGAGAAUGGCCGCAGCCCGGGCUCCGUCUCCACGCAACACAGCUCCCCCCGCAGUGACUUCACAUAUGCCAACAGCACCAGCACGACCCAGGCACCCAACUCCAGCAUGGGCAACGCCACUGCCACUUCAGACAGGACGUCGACCCCCAACACUCAACCCAGCGAUGUCAUCAUCAAUCGAAAGGAGAGCGAAGGCUUCGGUUUUGUCAUCAUCAGCUCGCUCAACAGGCCUGAGGCGGCCGCCACCAACACUGUGCCCCACAAAAUUGGCCGCAUCAUCGAGGGCAGCCCGGCCGACCGCUGCGGGAAGCUGAAGGUGGGGGACAGGAUACUGGCAGUGAACAGCCAGUCCAUCGUCAACAUGCCGCACGCCGACAUCGUUAAGCUGAUCAAGGAUGCAGGCCUCAGCGUCACCCUGAGGAUCAUACCGCAGGAAGAGGUCAGUAAUCCUCCAUCAGCCCCCAGCUCAGAGAAGCAGAGCCCUCUGGCCCAGCAGCACAGCCCGAAGACCCAGCCAAACACUGCUGCCUCGCAGCCAAACCCAGCAGCCACAGAGCCCAACCCUUCUGUCAGCCAGCCCAACCCCAUCCCUCACCAGAGCCCUGUGACCCAGCUGCCCGCCCCUCCACCUCAGACCUACACCCACGAGGGCAGUUACAGGUCAGAGGUGAAGGCGAGGCAAGAUGUUAAACCAGACAUCAGACAGCCGCCGUUUACAGAUUACCGACAGCCGCCGGUGGACUACCGGCACCCUCCUGUGGCUGACUACAGGCAGCCGCCCACGUUGGACUACAGGCACCCGCCGCUUCUGGACUACAGACAGCUCGCUACCGACACCAGGCAGUUCGCCAUCCCAGACUACCGAAUGCCACCUGUUCAACUUUCACAGGACUUCGACUUCUUCACAGUGGAGCUGGAGAAGAGCGUGAAAGGCUUCGGUUUCAGCAUCCGCGGAGGGCGGGAGUACAAGAUGGACCUGUUCGUCCUACGACUGGCAGAGGACGGACCGGCUAUCCGUAACGGGAGGAUGAGGGUUGGGGACCAGAUUAUUGAGAUCAAUGGAGAAAGUACCCGGGACAUGACGCACGCCAGGGCCAUCGAGCUGAUCAAGUCUGGAGGCAGGCGCGUUCGUCUUCUUCUAAAGAGGGGUACGGGGCAGGUCCCAGAGUACGAUAAUUCCGCCCCAUGGGAUGCUCGCCCUUCAGCCUCCCCAAGCCUGUCGGAAGUAGCCCCUCCCAUCGACAGCCUUUCCAUGUCAUCGCCUUCAUCUCAUCUGGCCCCGGCCCCCGACCCACCUCACCUGCCGCCUCUGGACGUCCCCCGAGACCUGGCGGCGCGAGACAGCAGGACGGAGCGUUCGAAAAGCCCCCAGAAGGCCGAGCUGCUAAACCCAGAUCCGAUCAGCCAGGGGAGGAGAGCGGCUACAACCGGUGGGAGCGGCAGAGCCAAGAAGGAGGGUGGCAGGUCCACCCACAAGGGGCACAGGGUUCAGCCCACUUCUGAGGGGGAAGUGGGCAAGGAGGGGGAGCCCAAACCUUCCAGGAGCACCAGAGGGAGGUCCAAGGAGAGGAAUGCAGGGGAGAACAGAGAAUCCACCGAGUCUCCCAGUGGCUCCAAGCUCCCGCACACCAACGGGAACAGCAGGGACGAUGUGGAACGUUACGGUGGCGGGCAGCAGGUGGAGUCAGAGCCCAGGCCCAGGGAACUGGACAGGGGCCUGGGAGAGAGCCGGCCCAGCCUGCCCAACAAGAGCACCAGCAGCGCAGCAGGGAGGAAGGCCACGGUCUCUCCCGGGCCUUGGAAGAUCCCCGGAUCGGACAAGCUGCCCAGCACACUGCGCACAGGCACGUCCACGCUGAGCAGAUAACACCGCGGCGCCAGCCGAACACAGUGGCCACACUCAUCUGAAAACAAACCCGCCAUCCUCAUGCCUUCCUGUGCUCCUUUAUCCCCCCUCCAUCCCGUUCUCCUGCAGACGAAACCACAGGGGGGCAGGGUGAUCUGGACCACGUGUUUUUAGAGUUUUAUUUAUGAUACUGUACUCUAAAUUAUUUUGAGAAAUAUUUUACACCCACCACCUUAAGAACUGGAAAAUCAUCCACUUAAAAAAUAAAUAAUGGAAGUAGAAUGUGUGUGUAGCGUGGCGGGGAAUCAAAUAGGGGGUGCAAACUUUAUUCUCCCCGAGCAGAACUGGGGGACAAACAUGCAAAUAUAAACAACUGACAGGAAGCAGCUGUCGGUGGAUUUCUUUUUUACCUUCACAGUGGAGUCUGUUUUAUGAAACGGAAUGUUCAGAAGAAAGUUUGCCUGUUUUUGACGAGAGCGAAUGGAACAAAAGAGCGACAGCGGAGAUGAAAUCUACUCAUCGACAGAACUUUGCCUUAACGGAGACUGAGUGGGCCUGAAUCUAUCUUGAAUAAUCUAUCAGAUGAUUAUAGACAUAGAUAUAUUAUAAUGAAUAUGAAUAUGUGGGAUCAUUUUGUAAAUAAGAUCAUCUUUAAGUGGACAGAACCUUCGCUGAGCUGGUUGGAAGUCCUAAACGGCAUGACAUGGACCAGAGCUUUCACCGUGAUGACUUCUCCCUCCUCUACACUCCCGUUCAGCCCUGUGACCGCAGCUUGGGGGUCUCGGCAGACCCGCUGUGCUUGACUUCACGAUCUGUUUGCGCUUGCGGGGGUGUCGUGUCAAUCCAUUUUUCUCAUUUCUUGUGCUAAACGAACAAAGCAAUCUGCGACGGCGGUGUCCAGCCGGACGCUGAGAGAAGGAGCUCAUGUGAUACCGACCGAGGGGCAGAGUGCCUUAGACUGACAGAGAGGUUGGCUUUUAAGUCAAAGGUUCAACUCCAAACCACUUGAGAGGGUUCAAAACAGGCUGCUAUACAACAUCAACUUUACAGAUAUAAAUAAUAAACUGUAUUUUUUCAGAUACGAGUGUGAUACGGUGAAAUAUAUCAUUUAUUUCACAGGCUUACGUAUGAAAAUAACCAGAGGUCUACGAUCUUUAUUUGUGCAAGUGGUUCAUUUUGGGUCAUGAUAGUUUUCAUUUCGUAAUGAGGUCUGACACCAGUAAUCUCCAUGAAGAAUUUAUCCUCUGAGAUGGUGUUUUUUUUAAAUGUCAGCACUGAGCAGAGCUUUGCAAACCAAACUACUAAGAUCUGAUAUUGAGUCGUCAAAGAAUCAAUCUUGCCUGUCAAAAGCUCGCUCGCCUAACAAUCUGUGACCUGAAUGAACGAACGCCCUCCGUUUGAAAAUGAAAGGUUUCUGUCAUUUCCAGACGGGCUGAGAAGAGGUUGCACCUGUCACAGCUACUGUCAGCGGCUGACUUUGAUUUGUUUUAGGUGAUUCUGUCGACACUGUGUGAUAUUAACAAGUACGUGUCCAUGCCAAAGCUCCCUGUAGGGUAGAUGCAGUUCCAGCAUACACUCACCUGCCCCAGAGUCGGACUCUAUUUGGAAGCUAUGUGCUGCAGCAUAAAUGUAAAAGUGUGCGUUUUACAACCUGACAGUUUGCUAAGCCCUGCCCUCCUUAGUUACUGUUGCUAUGCUUGUCAUGCUUUCAAUUUACAGUGAUAACACGGCAGAUUUAUUUUACAGCUUGAAACAGUGGGUCCUUUGUUUCCGCCAGAAGGAAACACAAGCAGCCUCUCAUUUCUUCUCAGUGCUGUCACUAGCAGUGUAUCAGCUGUUGCUAACCAGCUAACAAAGCCAAUAUCUAGCUCCAUGACUCGACUGAAAACUGUGUCUGUGGCUGACUUUUUAAUGGGGAGCGUAUUUAUGUUCCCAGGGUUCUGUGUUCCCCCAGAUUAAUAUCCUCUUAACCCUUUGAAACUUGGCUUGAUUUCUUUUAAAAACAUGGGAAGAAGGCAAUGAGCAUAUGGAAGAAGAAAUGAGCAAAAAAAAAAAA